CCUGGAAUACCAACAGGCCUGGCUGAGAAGCGGACUGGGUUGCCAGGCUGAGAGGAAAAUCCAGCCACAGCCAGGCAGAGGCAACCUGCCGCAUGACCUGGAGUCUAUUCAGGGCAAAUUACAGAAGAGCUAGUUAUUACAGCUUCACUCUGGAUUGCCACACCUCCCUUUAGCCCGUCCAUGGAGUUGUGCAACCCUGCACCCCAUAAAUACAGCCUCACCCCACCCCCGGAAGCCUCUACAGGCCCAGCUCCCAGGGAGUUCUCAUCCUCUCCAGCAUCAGAGCCCAGCUGCUGGCCGGGCCGCCAUGAGGACCCACUGCCUGCUGCUGCUCACCAUCUGCUUCCUCUCCUUCCACACGGCCCCAGGGGCUGGUCUCACAAGUCUUGGCCACCGACCAGACCACUACCAAUGUGUGAAGAAUGGGGGAUUCUGUCUCUACUCUGCCUGCCCCGUGUACUCCAAAAUUGUCGGCACCUGCUACAGUGGGAAGGCCAAGUGCUGCACCUGAGCUGGAGUGGCUGGACAGAGCACAGAAGCCAGCCAAAGGGUUUUAAAUACUUGUUUUAAUAAAGAAAAACAUUUUGGGAAA